AAAAGAGACGUGACUCAGUGCGAGCAGACAAUUUAGGUUGUGCAGGGCCUGCCUGUCUCAGUUUGUUUUAUUCACCGUUUUGUGUUGCUGAAGGAAAAAAAAAAAAUCUAAUAAAAUAUUUAAAACACAUUUCUUGUUUUCCCCCCGUCAAAUUUUUCUUUUUGUUUUAAGGGUGGAACUUGCUUUAUUUUUCCCCCCAUCUGUAGCUAAUUAGCUAGUUAGCUGCGCCAAGCGGUCUAGCUGGCUAGCGAGACACAGUUGCAGAACCGCAAGGUUGAGCUUGUUAGCUAUUUUCCUUGGGAGUUUUCUUCUUAUGUAAUUAUAACCUUCGCUGUGUUACGGCAAAAUGUCAAGACCAACGAGGAACAAGAAGGUGGUUGAUUACGCACAGUUCCAGGAGUCAGAUGAUGCAGAGGAGUAUGGGAAGGGGUCGGAGGGGCAGAAGCUGCGGUCCCCUCGCGAGGUGAAGCAGAAGAAGAGGCCGGACAAGAACUCCCAGCAGGACAGUGAUGACGAAGACAAGUCUAAACCCAAAGAUAACGACUCUGCAGAUGACUUUGGGAGCAACGAGGACAACGACUUUGGGGAGGAGGAGGAGGAGGAGGAAGGGGGAGACAGCGACUACGACUCCAAAAAGGGCAGGAAGGGGAAGAGUGGCAGGAUGGAGAGAACGAGGAAGAGGAAACAAGCGUCAGAUGACAGUGAGGAGGACAGGGUGGUGAGUAAGAAGGUGAGGCAGGUGAGGCAGGCUGCCACCAAGGCCGUGUCCAAACAGAGAGAGAUCCUGCUGGGGGACCAGGCCAGCGAGGAGGAGGAGGGCCGAGAGAGACCCGCCUACAUGGAGGACGAGUCGGGCAGUGAUGAAGACUUCACCAUGGACGAUGACGAUGACAGCGACUACGGCCGGUCCAGGAGGCGGAGCAAGAGCAAGAGCGUCAGGAGGAGCCGGCCAGAGAGGAAGCAGCCCAAACCCCGACACAAGGCCACAGUGAACCCCAGGUCUGUGAAGGGCAAGGGAAAGGGGCGACCCACCACCGCCCAGCCCGCCCAGAAACCCCCCACCAAGAAGAAGGAGGAGGAUGAGGAGGAGGAGGAGGAGGAGCCUGAGAGCCCCCCCGAGGUGGAGGAGGAAGAGGAGGUGAAGAAGAAGAAGGAGGAGGAAGAAAAGAAAUCUUCCCCUCCCCCAAAGAAGGAGGAGGAGGAAGAGGAGGAUGUGUCCGAGGAGGAAGCACCGUCUGGGGAAGACUAGCUGGGGGAUUCUACUUCGCCUCUUCCUUUAACUCUCUUUUCUUUGUUUUUGUCAUUUGUUCUUUGGAGCUUGAGAGCAGUGUUUCUUAAUUCAGGUCCCCCGGGCUCACAGUGACUGGGUUUCGGUUCCUGCGGUCGGCUGUAUAUUGAUGGGUGUUGGCGGGCGUCUUAUUCAUAAUGACAAUUUUUUAAGCCCUUUGAGGAAGUAAAGUGUAAAAGUGAGAAAAAAACAAAAACGAACUGUCAUUCUGCAGACAGACAUGUGAAAGUUCAGCUUAUUCGUUGGUUUUUGAACUGUGUUACUUAUGGCCACUGACUUGCCCUUCACUUAAAUCUCUUCAGGUCUUGAACAAUUAAGCUUCUAAUUUUGCUAAACACAAUAAAUGGAUUUCAAAUCCAUAAAUAAUCCAGCUCUAAAUUACGGCCAAUUAGCUGAAUCUAUCCCGACCCGCUGACGGAGCUCUGAUUCAGAAACACUGCUUUGGGGAAAAUUACAAUUUACACGUCAGCCUGGCUCAACGGUUUUCAUCAUUUUUGUUUUUUGAUCUGUAAAUACCCAUGUCUGUACAAAGUGUGUGUGAGUGUGUGAGUGUGUGAGUGUGUGAGUGUGUGAGUGCGUGAGUGAGUGUGUGAGUGAGUGUGUGAGUGAGUGUGUGAGUGAGUGUGUGAGUGUGUGAGUGUGUGAGUGAGUGAGUGAGUGAGUGUGUGAGUGUGUGAGUGUGUGAGUGUGUGAGUGUGUGAGUGUGUGAGUGUGUGAGUGAGUGUGUGAGUGAGUGAGUGAGUGAGUGAGUGUCCAUGAGAGAGAGAGAGAGAGAGAGAGAGAGAGAGAAGAGAGAAGAGAGCGAGAGUUGCAGUGAAUAUUAAAGUUAGCACUUUUAGCGUAAAUCAAAAGAUAAGUGACAUAAAUACGCAGUUCCCCCAGUACUCCCAGUCCCCAUUCUGUGUGCAUGAACUAAACCGGCUGAGUCUGUCUGGAACCUGCAGCUGGCACCUGGAGAGGUUGUGUUUUAUUUCUCUGUUUGAGCUUCUUUCACCCCCCCUCCCCUACAGAAUCGGUGUAAUUUAAAUUGUAUUUCUAUUGGCAUGGAAUAAUUGGUAGGCUGUGCUUAUGUGUGUGCGUGUGUGUCUGUGUAUGUGUGUGUCUGUGUGUGUCUGUGUAUGUGUGAGAGAGAGAGUGAGAGAGUGAGAGUGAGUGAGUGAGAGAGAGAGAGAGUGUGUGUGUGUGUGUGUGUGUGUGUGUGUGAGAGAGAGAGAGAGAGAGAGAGAGAGAGAGAGAGAGAGUGAGAGAGAGAGAGAGAGUGAGAGUGAGAGUGAGAGUGAGAGUGAGAGUGUAUAUUUUUAUGGGAGUGGAACAUAAACAUACAUAUAUUUCUCUCUCUCGGUCGGUGGUAUGUUCUCCCGCUAUGAGUCGCUCUCGCAGUCCUGGGGCACUGCUCCCCUCUUUGUGUUCUUCUUCCCUGUUCACGGCCGUCAGCAGGGGGCGCAGUCGCGCAGUAUUGGUGUGGGUCCGUGCGCGACCGGUAGGACUGCUCGACGGCAGCAGCGAGAUCCGUCUCGCUCAGUCUGAGCCGACCGCCCGCAACUUCUUAUUGCCGAAGGGUCAAGAGCUCGAGCAGAAAUUAACCGCGGAGUGACUGAAUGAACGGACGUGUGGCUGAAUGAGAAGGAACGUUGUGGAGUUUUUUUCUUAAAAAAAAAAAAGUGCGUUCUAGAAUUUUAAGUGUGUUCUAGAAUCUUAAGAAAAUACGCAUUCUGGAAUUUAUUUGACUUGUGCGCUCUCUGGAGUCUUACACGUGUAUAUUUAAAUGGCGUCCUCGCUUACGGUAUCCUGAUAACGUGACUGAAAUGAGAUGGCAGAAGGUUUCUAAAUAACCCACAGCCACCGCGGGACUUGUGCUUUUUUUUAAAAAGUCUCGAAUGGUUUGAUCUUAAACGUGUGUCCAUUUGCUAAUGCACGUCAGCGAACCUUUGAUGUAAAGACAGGUGUCGAUUCUGGGGUAUACCUGCAUGCAUGAUGCUGGUGGUGUUUUGUAUUUUACAGGCAAUGAGGGGUUUUCUGUAACGCCGCCUGAACAUCGUUAACAUCUUGUGAACAUCGCUGUUAAGCCCUUGUGCCAGGCUUCUUUCUUCAUUUUGGGGGGUGGAGGGGGGUUGGGAUGGGAGUUACAGGAGAUGAUAAUCCAAAAAUGAAUGUUGUUUUCCUCUAUCCAGGAUUUUAUUUUUUUUUGUAAUUUUUUUUUUUAACAAAAAUAAAGUGUAUUUUGCUUUUAAAGGGAAAA